UUGUAUUUUUGCGGCGGGUGAGCACACGCUCUCCUGAUCACAGUUCAAUGGAUGACUCACCAAGCAAUAAGUUUAUAGCACAAUUAUCUUAAAGGAAACUUAAAUAGAGUGUAGUAUUAACAGCACUACGAGAGACAACGAUAUGAUGAGGACUUUUGACGCCUUCAACAAACGCCAACACAGACGCCAUGCGAUAAAACACUAUUUCUUCAGAGACUAAAAUUGCGUCAGACGAGAAGAACAAUGGAAGACGAGAGCCUUAUUGUUGGMAAGACAGUGAUCUUGGUCUUGAUAUUUAUUGUUAGUGUCACAGGAAACGCUCUAGUGUGUUAUUGUGGRCUUCACACACARAGAAUGUCGGCCAUGAACCAUAUUAUUGUGAAUUUAGCCGCCAGCGAGAUAUUGAUAGCAUUUCUUGUUAUUCCGAUCAAAAUUGAGCGUGAGCUAACAGGAGAGAUUAUAUUGGGUGGAACACUUUGCAAGCUAAUGGAGUAUGUACAAACUGUUGCGCUUGGUGCUUCCAUGAUGUCUUUGAUAAUGUUGAGUGUGGAUCGCUAUUGUUCAGUUUUUCAUCCAUUGUCUAAAAUAACCCGUAGACAAGCCAAACAUAUGAUGGUAUUUUCUUGGUGUUAUCCUCUUUUGUGUGCGAGUCCAGUGAUGUAUUACGUCCUGGGAACGUCCCACCAACCCAACGCCCUGUUACUACAGUGUCAGCACGGCCAUUGGCAUGCACUCACCCAGUUAGACAGACUAUACUCUUUAAUACAACUAUGGUUGGUGUUUCUMUUGCCUGUUCUAAUGGUAACAAUGGUAUAUGCCGUCAUUGUAACCCGUCUUCUUCGRACUGGUUCWCCAACAAGAGGAAGAAUCACCAACGUCGGGCCGACAACCAAACCAGUUCAAUAUCCAGGCCCAAUACACCGUAGUUAUACAACUGCUUUUGACUCAAAUAUCGUUCCGUUAGCAAAACGGCGCUCAGUUGUAAUGAACUUAAUAGUGAUGUCAGCAUAUUUGUUCUGCUGGACGCCGUUAGCGGCGCUUUAUGUCAUUCGAAAUAUCAAGACUUUUAGACAUGACUUGGGCUUCCAAACAAUACACGAUCUUUCUUCGUUUCUUGCGCUGGCAAAACUUUGCUUAAAUCCAGCCAUYUACAGCUUCUUUGAUAACGCUAUUCGCGAUCAGUUGUGUCGAUGCAGGUGUAAUAAUUCCAAUGAACAAGUUGUUUACCCCGAAAAGUGCAUAAGAGGRAAAUUGAGCGAGCUCAGUGUCAGUAAAAUUGCCUACUCGAGUAUCAAUGGUCCAGCAGCGAAUACCGAGCCUUUGUUGCUUACAAGCUCAAAUCAAAGRAACUCAUAUAAAGCUACAACCUUUAACACUGAAAAACUUGCUCAGAUGAUUGCYAACACUCGGAGAUAUAGGAGUUUUGGCAUGUUUACGUCUAGGAGUUCUAAUAUUUGAUAAGAUGUUUGACGAAACGCACGCGUUGGGCUACAAUAAACUCCCUAUUCAAUUUGAAUUUGGAGUAUUAAUUGUAAGAAACGCUUAACUUGAAAAGUUUAUAACAUAAAUUGGGAUAUUCAACGGAUACUCACUGACUCACAGCCUUUGUAAGACUUGCAAAGCUAAGGCUWUUGCUUAGAACUUAGUGUUUCUACUUAUCUAGUACACAACAUUUUAUAUAAUUGGGUUCUACUAAUUAUUCCAAUCCGAUGUUUAAUGGAAAUGUUACAGUGCCCAUGUGCUUUUUGCGUUUUUGCAAAAUACGCGCGGUGUCAGUGAUCAUAUGCGCGUGAAAAUAAGGUAAAUUCAUUCGCGAAAUAUGUGAUAMUAAUAAUAUUUUAUAAUGCUCGAUAUUUAUACAAUUGCCUGAAUCGUCCCAAAACACGUUGCUCCAUGCCAAUACGCAUUUGGAAUGAUGAUUUGGGCGAUCAUAUGGCGGCACUAGACCUAAUAAUUCCGCAUCGCGACGUUCACCAAUUUCUGUUUUAUAUUUUGGUGAUAUGAACUAAUUGAAUUAACGACAGCUGUAAAAUAGCAUCAUGAUCAUAUAUCUCUCUCCAUGAUCCUACCAUCCACUUUUGUACUAGGAAAAUCGUGAAAUAGUCGGRCAUUAGAUGUCUAUAUAUAAAACAGUAUGAAAGACUAACAUAAUUUUUUUAUUCAAGAAGGCUUAUGUCAGAGCAUUUUAGAUACGUUAGUUUGCGUUACAGUUUUAUUUGAUUGUCAAGCAUUGCUGAACAACAGAAUGCAAACGAAACAGAUCUAUAUGUCACUGAUUUAUCUGAUAAGAUGUAAAGCCAUGCAUAGAAGGAMUGCUAUUAUGUAAACCUAUAAAUGUAUCAUAUAGGAGAGCUAAAUGGAAUGUAACAAUGUUUUAUCAUAAGGCUAAGUCGAACUUGUUGAGUUCUGAGAUCACACUUGUCAAACGCAACACCAAACAAAGCUAAAUAUAAACACGCAGGUUGACCGCAAUUUUAUUUAAUGCGCGCGGUCAUCACACAAUUCGUUUUCUGAAUUAUAUUUUGGCAUAGAAAAAGGUACACU